UUAUUUAUUUUUAUAUUUUGUUUGCCCUCACCAGUUCCUCCUCACAUCGUACCAUUUUCGGCCGAAGAGCCUGUUUUCGCCGGAGAAUCAAUACAGUUGGGUUGCCAUGUAUCAAAAGGCGAUGUACCUAUGAAAAUCAGUUGGAGUUUUCAUGGCCAGGAAUUGUCCUCACACCAAGGAAUAGCUACAAUGAAGAUUGGCGAACGAACAUCGUUGUUGACGAUAUCUAGUUCACAAGCCAGCCACAGCGGCGAAUAUUCUUGCCAUGCCGCUAACGCCGCUGGCUUGGCAGUUCAUUCGACCACAGUUAAUGUUCAUGGUACUCCCACUGCCCAUUAACAGCCCCUAGCCUCUCGCACGCUACAAGCUUGAUUGCGCAAUAAAUAUACCCUUCUAAAUUAACAGUGUUGCCAUACAUCGUACCCUUUGAAGCUGACGAAUCGGUGUUUGCUGGAGAACCAGUUCAGCUUAACUGUCAUGUCUCCAAGGGUGACUUACCUCUCGACAUCAAAUGGCAUUUUCAUGGGUUCGAAAAUACCUCAUCGCAUCUAGAUAUUAUGACGAACAAAAUGACAUCGCGCACAUCAUUUUUGUCAAUAUCUGCGGCAACUGCUAGCCACAGUGGCAACUAUACCUGCGUAGCUACUAACAGAGCCGGUUCCACAAAUCAUUCCACUGUUCUUAAUGUUCAUGGUCAGUUUCAUUUAUUCAUCAUAUCUCAUGAUUUGUUUAAGUUCAUCAUAGCGAAAUAAUUUUUUUAAGAUUUGCUAGCAGAAUUAGCAUGAGUUCUGCGUGCAUUUCGAAAAUAAGCGUAAGCAACCAUUAUUCUUUUUUGUUUUUCAUUUUUCGUCCCUUACAUAAUUUUUAUCAUUCGUAAUGCUGAAGAACAACACUCAUACUCAUUCUCGAAUUGAAUAUUUUCUUUAUUCAAAGUUCUGCUCCCAUAGAAUAGCAAAUAUUUCUGUAGGUACAACUUUAACAAUAUAUAAUACACUCUCUAUUUGGAUUUUCCAUAAAAGGGAUUCGUUCAUACGAGACAUACCUGGGUUUAUUUAGUAUUUUCAGCUUGAAUCUUUAUCGUGUCUUAAAUCUUAAUGGUUUCUCUUUUCAACUGCGUAAAACUCUUCAUUUACAAUUAUUUUUUCUUUUUCAUUUAAGUUGUACCGCACAUUAUUCCGUUCGAAGUUGAAGAAUACAUAUUCGCUGGUGAAUCCGUGCACCUUACUUGUCAUGUAUCGAAAGGCGAUCGACCUCUUCAAAUAUCUUGGAGUUUUGAAGGCCAUGAAAUUCCUUAUCACAAUAAUAUGGGCAUAACGACUACUAAGUUAGGAGAAAAAGCUUCAGUGUUAAGUGUUCCAACUGCUAUGGGCCAACACAGCGGCAACUACACUUGCACGGCCAGUAACAGAGCCGGACGCGCAUAUCACUCUGUCCUCGUCAAUAUUCAUGGUAUUGGAUGUGUUCCCCUAGUACAAUAGCUACUGUAAGAAAAUUGUUCCAUAUGUGUAUAGAUAUACUGCACGUUUAGAUUUUUUAGAAAUCACAUUUUCUUUUUAUUAGUCCCUCCCCAUAUAUUACCGUUCGAAAUCGAAGAAUCCAUCUAUUAUGGAGAAUCAGUACAAAUGACCUGCCACGCCAGUAAAGGAGACCGACCGAUGUCUAUUACAUGGACCUUUGAAGGCAAAGAUCUCUCCACUCACAUGGGAAUUAAAACUAUGAAAAUGGCGGAGCAGACAUCAUUUUUGUCUAUUGCAUCUGUGACCGGAGCCCACAGUGGAAAUUAUACCUGCAUCGCCAGAAAUAGAGCGGGAGAAGAUAGAUAUUCCACUACACUCAACAUCAAGGGUAUUUCCGCUAGAUGUCACAGCAUGCGCCUUAUGUACCUACAUACUUACUAACGUUACAAUAUUUUCUUUAUUCAGUCGUCCCUCACAUCAAGCCUUUCGAGUUAGACGAAGCCGUAUUUGCGGGAGAAUCUGUGCAUCUCGACUGUCAUGUUUCAAAAGGCGAUACACCUCUGAACAUUUCCUGGAGCUUUCAAGGGCAUCCUGUCUCCCGCAGAAUGGGCGUAAAAACCACAACCCUAAGCGAACGUGUAUCCGUUCUUGAUAUACCCACCGCCCUGGGACCUAACAGUGGCAACUACACGUGCACAGCUAUGAAUAGGGCAGGCAUCACCAGUCACACCGUUCUUCUCAAUGUUAUUGGUACUGAAAUAUUACAGCUCGGAUGUGCUUGCUUUCUGUUUAGUUCCUCCUGUGGUCCAACCUUUCUCUUUCGGCGAAGUUGCAAUGAAUUCUGGACAAGUAGUAACGACCCCCUGCUCCGUUAUUGAGGGAGAUCAUCCACUGCGAUUAAAAUGGCUUUUUGACAACGAACCUAUUAAACCCAGAUCUGGAGUAACUGUAUUUAACAUAGGCGAGAGAAGUGCUAUUCUGAGCAUAGCCUCAGUAGCCCACAAUCACGCUGGAAACUACACUUGUGUUGCGGAAAACGAAGCGGGAGUCCAUUAUUACACGUCUACUUUGAUUAUAAACGGUGCUUAAAUUAUUUUUCGAUUCUGGUGCUCGGUAAAUUAGUUUUUUUUGUCAUUGUCGUUUUAGAAACAUAUAUCUCUAAUAUAUUAUAAUUAUCCAGUUUCAAAUUGAAUUAAUUAUGACAUUCCAGUUCCUCCCAACAUUCUGCCAUUUACAUUCGGCGAAAAACCCAUCAACGUCGGAGAGUAUUUACAAGCUGCAUGCACUAUUAAUUAUGGUGACCUUCCACUCACAAUUACUUGGCUGUUUAACGGACAGUCCAUAUCUCAAAGGAAUAAUAAUUACGUUGUGAGCAAUUCCAAGCGGAGUAGCUUGUUAAUAAUAGAAUCUGUGGACGCUAUACACGCCGGGUCUUAUACGUGUAUCGGGGAAAAUCGUGCUGGCCGUAGUACCCAUUCAACAAAUUUAGUUGUUUAUGGUUAGUCUCAUCUACGGUAGCAACUUAUUAUUUUGUCAUUUAGAUAAACUUUGUUUCAGUUCCUCCCAAGAUUGCACCUUUUUCUGCCGGCCCAGAACCGGCUUUUCUUGGGGAUUACUUUGCUCUUCAAUGUAUUGUUACUCAUGGGGAUCAACCGGUUUUUAUUGACUGGACGGUCAAUAACCAAUCUGCCAAAUCUAUCCAUGGAGUGCGUGUUAGCAACAACGACCGAAGAAGUAGUGUUUUGACAAUAGAGUCCGUGGAUGCAACACACGCAGGACUUUUUAACUGUACUGCGAGUAACGCUGCGGGGAUUGUGUCACAUACUACCGAUUUGGUUGUUAAGGGUGCGAAUAAAAGUGUAUAUUUUUACGCUUCCGUCCUUUUAACCUAAAACUUUAAUUUCCUCAACGCAUUUCACUUUACCAAACAUUUUUUACUGUCCUAGUUCCACCGUUGAUAAUGCCGUUCAAUUUCGGUGAGGUGCCAUUCAACCCUGGUGACACAGCUUUAGUGAAUUGUGUCGCCACUAAGGGAGAUCUUCCUCUCGACAUCUCAUGGACAUUCAGCAGCGAGACUAUAGACUCGAGCCUCCAGCGAGACAUCACGACCAUGCCUCUAAAUCCUCGUGCCUCCAUCCUCACUAUCAACUCCGUGAGCGCAAACCACCAAGGAAACUACACGUGCAUCGUGCAGAAUGCGGCCGGCCGCGCAGAAUAUGCAGCGACUCUCGUCGUCAACGUUCCCCCCCGCUGGAUUAUUGAGCCCACUGAUAAGGCAUUUGCCCAAGGUUCUGAUGCUAAAGUUGAAUGUAAAGCCGAUGGGUUCCCUAAGCCCCAAGUGACAUGGAAACGGGCUGAAGGUGACACCCCUGGCGAUUACAAAGAUCUUAAACCAAACAACCCUAACGUGAAAGUUGAGGAUGGAACAUUGACUAUUGCUAAUAUUCAGAAAACAAAUGAGGGAUACUACUUGUGCGAAGCUGUUAAUGGAAUCGGUUCUGGACUGUCUGCUGUUAUUCUGAUUAGCGUUCAAGCUCCACCCCAAUUCGAAAUUAAAAUGAGAAAUCAAACUGCUCGCCGAAGUGAACCCGCUGUACUGCAGUGCCAAGCUAAAGGAGAAAAGCCAAUUGGAAUCAUUUGGAACAUGAACAACAAACGCCUUGAACCUAAAUCUGAUCCCCGAUACACUAUUCGCGAAGAAAUCCUGCCUGGUGGUGUUGUUUCCGACCUUAGCAUCCGCAGGACUGAACGAUCAGAUAGCGCUCUCUUUACUUGUGUAGCUACCAACGCAUUUGGUUCCGAUGACACCAGCAUCAACAUGAUCAUUCAAGAGGUACCCGAAGCUCCUUAUGGCCUUAAAGUCUUGGACAAAUCUGGAAGGACCGUGCAACUGUCAUGGGCGGCUCCCUAUGAUGGCAAUUCACCAAUCAAGAAGUUCCUCAUUGAAUACAAACGAGCCAAGGGUAACUGGGAAAAAGAUAUCGACAGGGUUCUUGUACCGGGAGAUACGACUGAAGCCGGAGUUUUUAGCUUGAGACCCGCCACCGCCUACCACAUCAGGAUCGUCGCUGAGAAUGAACUGGGAACAUCUGAGCCAUCUGAGACUGUUACCAUCAUUACUGCCGAAGAAGCUCCUACUGGUCCCCCACAAGACUGCAAAGUUGAUGCCGUUGAUAAGCAUACCCUGCGCGUCACCUGGAAGCCUCCCCCACCUCAAGACUGGAACGGCGACCUCCAAGGAUACUAUGUUGGCUACAAACUUGCGUCUAGCAACAAGUCUUUCGUGUUUGAAACCGUUGACAUCUCUAAGGAAUCUGGCAAAGAACAUCACCUAGACAUUCUUAACUUGAAGACUUAUACCCAAUAUGCCAUCGUAGUACAAGCGUUCAACAAGAUGGGUUCAGGUCCCGUGUCCGGAGAAGUACGAGCCUAUACUGCUGAAGGUGCCCCAUCCGCACCACCCCAAGACGUUCUCUGCACUACUCUUACGGCGCAAACAAUUCGUGUUUCAUGGGUCUCUCCCCCUCUCGCUGCUGCUAACGGUCUUAUCAAGGCUUACAAAGUGAUUUACGGACCUAGCGAAACUUGGUAUGAUGAGAAGUCAAAGGACACUAAGAUUACGGCCAGCAGCGAAACUAUCCUUCACGGACUUAAAAAAUUCACCAACUACUCUAUGGAAGUGCUUGCGACUACCAACGGAGGCGAUGGCGUCCGAUCUGCACCUAUUCACUGCCAAACUGAACAAGACGUACCCGAAGCUCCUCGUGCUGUGAAAGCCUUAGUUAUGGGACAAGACUCGAUCCUGGUGUCAUGGAGGCCUCCUGCGCAACCCAACGGUGUUGUUACUCAUUACAAUGUCUACACUCAAGCACAGAACGCUGAACCCCAUCCCAACAAGGUACCCGCCUCUCAAACCAGCUACUCGGCAACUGAACUGAAAGCCGGCCGUUAUGACUUCUGGGUUACCGCUUCUACCAUCAUCGGCGAAGGUCAACCCUCAGCCACCGCUUCCUGCAGCCCAAGCGACAAAGUUCCCGCCAAGAUCGCGUCAUUCGACGAAUCGUUCACAGCUACUUACAAGGAAGAUGUCAAACUGCCCUGCCUUGCCGUCGGUGUUCCUCCUCCUAACAUUUUGUGGAAGGUGAAAGGUCAUCCCUUGGAAGCUUCAGAACGUGUGCGACAAUUGCCCGAAGGAUCCCUGCAGAUUGCUGGUGUAGCUCGUGAGGAUGCCGGCGAAUACUCGUGCCAUGUUGACAAUCAAUUCGGAACUGACACUGUUACGCAUACGCUCUCGGUACUUGCUCCUCCCUUCCCGCCUCAGCUCAGCAUCGCGUCAUCUUCCGUAUCAUCUCUAACUCUCCGCUUGAAGCCUUCCGUCGAAGUAGACCAGUCGCCCGCCGCAGGAUACACCAUCCACUACAAACAAGAGUUCGGAGAUUGGGAAACCGUACAGAUUCCAAGCACUACUGACACUUAUACGUUGGAGAACCUGUUCUGCGGAUCAAGAUAUCAACUCUACGUUACGGCUUAUAAUGGCAUCGGCACUGGUGAGGCUUCAGACGUGGUUAUCGCCCGCACUCGUGGAUCCAAGCCCCCGGUACCUCGCGCCGCUGAUUUCAUCGAAGUUGGAAGCUCCUCAGUGACCCUGCACCUCAAACAAUGGUUGGAUGGCGGAUGCCCCAUGAGCCAUUUCGUCGUUGAGAAUAAGAAGAAGGGUGCCGCUGAAUGGAAUCAAAUCUCCAACGCUGUGAAACCUGGUGGAAACUUCGUCGUACUCGAUCUGGAACCUGCCACUUGGUAUGUACUGAGGAUUACGGCCCACAACAACGCUGGAUUUAACGUCGCCGAAUACGAAUUUGCCACGCUUACCAUGACCGGAGGUACUAUAGCGCCCGCGCGCGAGGUCGGCGGCGGCACUCUUACCCCCGAACAGACUCUCAAGAUAAUCCUGUCGCAUCUUAACCUUAUCGUGCCCGUAGUCGCCGCGAUCCUUGUUAUCAUCAUUGCUAUCGUAGUCGUUUGCGUGGUACGAGGUGCUCGGGACCAUCACAAAGACGACGCAGUGUACAACGCGUCGCAGGCAGCGCUGGGCGGCGGCGGCGGUACUUUGGACAAACGCGGCGGACUGCGGGACGAGCUCGGUUACAUCGCGCCACCCAACCGCAAGCUGCCUCCCGUGCCCGGCUCCAACUACAACACCUGCGACCGAGUCAAGCGCCAGGCCGUCAUCAUGGGCGCGCACUCGACGUGGGACCCGCGCCGCCAUCACUACGAGCGAGUACGUCGCCCGCGCCUGCGCAGGGCAGGCUCCGGAGACACCGCCUCCACAGGCAUGGAAGACGAAAUCUGCCCGUACGCUACGUUCCAUCUGCUGGGCUUCCGCGAGGAGAUGGACCCCAGCAAGGCUCUGGCCUUCCCCCACCACCACCCCGCCCACGCUGGCACCCUCGCUCAUCCUCACCCACACCACCCUGCUCACUCUCGCGCCGGAUCCCAGAGCAUGCCUCGCGCCAACAGCCGUUAUGCACGCAAGAACUCUCAGGGAGGACAGAGCGCCAUCUACUCGACUGCCCCCGAAUACGACGACCCGGCCACCUGCGCUGAAGAAGAUCAAUACCGUGCCCGUUAUUCUCGCCCGAUGUACGCUUGUGGCCCUGAGUACGACGAGCCUGCUUGCUGCGCUCCCGAAGACGAACAAUACACCGGCGCUUACGGCACUCCCUACUCCGAUCACUAUGGAUCUCGCCCCAGCAUUGCAUACGUUUCAGGUACCCGCAAGUGCGGCGGAUCCCCCGAGCCUCCCCCACCCCCACCACGCAACGCCAACAACGACAACAAUUGCUCCUCCUCAUUCAAUGAAAGCAAGGACUCGAACGAAAUCUCCGAAGCCGAGUGCGACCAGCCACGCAACUAUCCCGUAAGGGCCCACACUGCUAAGGACGGCUUGCACAGCGAGGAAAUGAGGAAACUCAUUGACAGACCAGAAGCAACCACCCCAAUCCCCCAGCAAGCAGUCCACGGGCGGGGACUCACAGCCUACGAUACUGUGGCAGUGUAACCUGUAAACUGGGCCCCGUGUCACAGCGCGGCGACACACGCACAUUUUAUACUUUAAUUUAGUGGACCAUUACCAUCUUGCUGAUUUACCGCUCGCAAGCUUUGCAAAACAUUUCUUUUUUCAUUAUAAAUUUAUCAAUUGCACUUUCGCCCUAUAAUUUGGUCUACCAUUCAGCAAGAUGGUGAUAAUCGUGCCAAAUCUACUCUUUUUUACAAUUUAAUUUGUGUGUCGCAUUUUUGUAUUACUAUUUAAUUUUAAAUUUACCCCAACUUAGUUGGCUGGACAUUUUACUACUUAUUUAGUAUACUUUUUUCUUACUUUAUCUGUAGUAAAUUUGGUAAGUUGAGUAAUGUAAAAAAUAUAGUCCACCUUCCCAAAUUAGAGAAACCUAAAACGCGUCACGGUAGAAUUUACCAUUAAAAACAGAAAAUUAUGGUUGUGGUAGUUAUCUCAAAUUGAUAUAUUUGCUUAAAUAGAUAGGUGACGCGAUAUGUCCUAUCCAAGUCAUUAUGUAUUAUACCCACAUCCUACAUACUCGACUUCAACACGUUUACUACAUAAUUAUCCUUAAUUAUAAUUAUAGUUUACCUUAUUUGUUCAGCUUAAUUUAAAGAAAGCUUCAGUAAAAUGUAUCUGGAUUUGGGGUGUUUGGGAUUAAAUUUAAAUUAAGCUCAACAUGUAAUAACGUAUGUGAUAUUUUGUAUUUUUAUCCCAUUUUUAAUUUUUACAUGGAAUAAUAAUCGACGUAAACUUUAUUUAUACUCUUAGGAUGGUAAUAUUAGGUGACCACAACCAAGUGGUGUAACGAUGCUUCCUUUUAACGUUAUUGCUUUUAAUUAUUCUCUUUGUCUUUUUCGUUGUUGUCACACGUCCUAUUUGUGUCAAACAUGUUGGUUUUGAUUUUGGCAUUUAUGCAUAUACUUAGGAUAAGUUUAGAUAUAAAUUUCUUUAUUAGUAAUUAAUCAACUUUUAAACAAAGUACUAUAUAAUCCGUAGCUAGUUAGUAACACACGUUACGCAUUAUAACUAUGUUAAAUUAAUGGUAAUCAAUUUUAGUACUACUUUUGAAACGCAUAAAUAUCUGGAAGUGUGUCAUACUAAUGAUAAUAUUAACAGUUACCUAAAAUAAUAGCGAGGAAUUAAGUAUUCAAUCUACGGCACCUGCAACCCAUAGCAAACACUGCUGACAUGGAAUUUAUAAUAAUCUUUUAAAAUAUUAAUCUAGUACAGUAAGGUGCAUUUUUAAUAAUCAUAAUCGUAAUUUUAUCCUUCUAUAUUACGCAGACGAGUAGGUGUAAGACACUCGAGUGUCAUUUUCUAGGUGUUUCCCAUUAUAUGUUGUGUAUUGUGGUGUAAGCUUCGCAAAGUAGGCUUGUAGUUAGGUUUUCGCGACUUCCUAGCAACAUAAUCUUCUCUUAACCUUCCAAUUAGAAUUCGAUUAAAUAAAAAUCUAGUUAAAAUUGAAAUGUCAACAAAAUAAAUAAAAUUUAUUCAAAAUUAUUGUGGUAAAUAAUUCUAUUAAAAUUUGUACCAUAAUCUUAUUUGUAUUGGCAAUGGAGAGAAAUUAAUUGUUUAUAUAUUUUCGCUUAUGUCGAUGUGCGUUUGGUUUGCAGCUAUUUAAAAAGUAAGUUUCGUAAUUUUUAUGGCGGUAUGACAUCGAUAACCACAGCUAACUAACUGUACCAAAGUGUUUGAUUUGUGUUAAAUAAACUACUCAAAUGUCAACUACG